UUUUCUUGUUGGGAAAGAAUUUACAAUGACAGUAGUGUUACUCAAAUAAAUAGGAAAUUAUUCCACUGUAAAUCCCCCACCUGUGUCUGCAAUGUUUCUAUAUAUUACAAGAAUCCUACCUCAGAUCACACUUAUUCUCUCUUGCCUCAUUUUCACCCCUCUCACUCUCUUCCCCUCUUGAAGUACAGAAGAUAAGAGAACUAGUGGUUCAUGGAUGAAUCAUGGAAGCUCCAAUAUUCAUCAUCGCCUCCGACAUCGUCUUCGAGUUCAAGAACGAGGGCAUUGCCGAGGAGUUUCUCGCAGAAGAGCUCCUCCUCGAAGUUCCCUCUUCCAAGAAGUUUCUCGCUAAAGAACACAGCUAGCGGCGGUAGUAGUAGUAGUAACGUUAACCCUAAUUCAUCAUCAUCAUCAUUCUUGAGGAGCUCAUCCUUGAAGUUCUCAUCCUCCAAGUCAUCUUCUCUCUCGAGGAGCGGGUCCCAGAAGGGCGGCAGCUCUGGAUCGAACGUCACGAGGAAGUACAGCAGCUUGGCCAAGGAGCAGAAGGCGCGGUUCUACAUCAUGAGGAGGUGCAUUGCUAUGCUCGUCUGUUGGCAUAAGCACGGUGAUUCCUGAGAAGGGAACGGAUGCGCCGACCCCGCCGAGGUAGAGAGAUCAUCGCUCAAGAUUUUAGUUCAUUGAUUCAUUAUAUAUAUAUCUGUAACUAUCGAUUGAGAGGUUUUGUGUGAUCAUUGACAAGCUUGGGAUUAUUAAAAGCUAAAAAGGGGGGAUCAACAUCAACCCAUACAUGCCUGUUUAGUUACGCAGAAUUAAUCGCUCCCGAAAUUAUUUUAGAAUUGCUUUCUCUUUUCGGUCUUUACUGUUGCGUUUCUCCGGUAAUUAAAAGGGUUACCGAAGAAGCACGGCUCUGCACAUUCGACAUUGUUUUCCAACAUACUAGCUUGCUAGAAAUUAAAAUCAAGUGCUCUCUUCCGCAA